CUCCACGGGCAGCAACUGUUAUUACCUAUUCAUGCCGUGAAAUGUCAGUUGACACCGGCAGAGAACGCCUAAGGAACACUGUCGUCUCCGAUGUUCAGAACAAUUUAUCACUUGCGAUCUUCCUCAACCCCCAAAUUUUCCCUUCCUCAAGCCCUACGCCUCUUCUCUCAUUUCUCCAUCUCUCUACCAGCUCAAUCAAUCCACUUGACCGUUAACCCAUCACCACCGUUUACUGAAAAGUCUUCAUUCCAUUCUAUGUCAUCGAUUAGUAGCUCGCUGCUUCUACAGAAGCAUCAAGAUGGGUCAGGAGAUGAGUUCAAUACGGACCCAAAGAGUCCUCCAAAGCUAUUUGUUGUUCAGCCUCGGCUUCGGCCUGAUUCUAUUCUCAAGCCUAAGCUUGAGGAGGCACUGAACUUAGCAAAUUCCCUUGAGGAGCAAAGAGAUGGGUUCUAUGAUACUGAGUUCCUUGAUAAACAACUGCCCCCUCAUCUUGUCGUCCAAAACCCUGCUGCUCGGUCAACUCGCGCUGAUACGUUUUUCGGACCCGGAACUGUGGAUAAUGUUAAAUGCCAUGUAAAUGCUCUGGAAAGUAAGGAAGGGAUAGAUGCCAUUUUUGUAAAUGCAAUUCUCACUGGCAUACAGCAGCGUAAUUUAGAGCGGGCAUGGGGUAAACCUGUUCUGGACCGCGUGGGCCUCAUAAUAGAGAUUUUCAAUGCGCAUGCUCAGACAAAGGAAGCAAAACUACAGGCUGAGUUGGCUACACUUAUGUACAAGAAAAGCCGUCUUGUUCGUUUACGUGGUCCUGGUGGACGUUAUGCUUUUGGUGUAGCUGGAGAAGCUGAAGUAGUUAGUGCCAGAGGGAGAGGAAGUGGGGGACGUGGUUUCAUUAGUGGUGCUGGAGAGACAGAAUUGCAGCUUCAACGGCGAAGAAUUUUAGAACGGAGGAAUCAGUUGUUAUCUGAAAUUAAAGAGGUUCGUCGUACACGAGCGUUGCAACGCGCUGCUCGCAGAAGGCAUGGAGGACCAGAUGGUCAAGAAAUUCCUACAGUUGCUGUUGUUGGUUACACAAAUGCUGGGAAAUCUACUUUAGUUAGUGCAGUCUCGGACAGUUAUCUCUAUUGCGAUGAUCGAUUGUUUGUCACAGUGGACCCCAAGUUAAGAAGUGUCAUUCUCCCAUCGGGAAGGAAAGUGCUGCUCAGUGAUACUGUGGGAUUCAUAUCGGAUUUGCCAACACAGCUAGUAGAAGCCUUUCAUGCAACAUUGGAAGAAGUUGUUGAAGCUGACCUCCUUGUGCAUGUGCUGGACUCAAGUGCACCUGAUCUAAAGGAGCAGCGGGAAGCAGUGUUGCAAGUUCUUGGGAAGAUAGGAGUCUCUGAGCAUAAGCUCCAGAAUAUGAUUGAAGUUUGGAAUAAGAUUGAUCUUCACGAGGAUUUCGUUGGAGAUGGUUAUUGCAACGAGGAUGAAGUUUCUAGCUGGUCAGACGAAAACAAUGAUGUAACAUCCAAUAAAUUGUGUGAAGAGGAUCUCCCUGAUUAUGAGACUAAUGAAAAUGAGGACUUUGAGCAAUCAGGCAAGCUUGAACAGGUCAUAGAUGAUCAACAAGGUGACUACUCUGAUGACUGGUUGGUCUCAGGCGAUGAACAAGAUUCCUGGGUUGACUAC